GACAUAUGUCAUAAAAUGGCAAAAAUAAAAUGAUAAGAUAACAAUUGUUUGGUAAAACUAGUAAUGUUAUUACUAAAUUAACACAAUAACAUAGCUGAGCAAAGCAAAUUACGCAUGUUGUUUUAACGAAUUACUAUAUUUUUCUAAUCAAAUUAGAAGCAAAUGUUUAUGAAUAAUCUAUUGACUAAUAGAAAACGACUGUUUAUUUUUGUUAAAUAUAACUGUAGUAUGUUAUCCACAAUGGAAAAGUCAAGUAUGAUACAAAAGGUGAAAUCGUGCAUUCCUCCUUUAGAUGGUAAUAGUCAUAAAGGUCAGUCUGGCAGAAUAGGCAUUAUUGGCGGCUCCUUAGAGUAUACUGGCGCACCAUAUUUUGCUGGUAUUAGUGCUUUAAAGGUUGGUGCUGACUUAGUGCACAUCUUCUGUGCAUCCUCAGCAGCUACUGUCAUAAAAUCUUACAGUCCAGAGUUAAUAGUUCACCCACUUUUGGACCAUCCAAAUGCAGUCAAUGACAUAUCUCCUUGGCUAGACAGAUUGCAUGCUAUUGUCAUUGGACCAGGACUAGGCAGAGAUAAUAAAACAUUAGAAGUUGUAUCAGAGUUGAUUAAAACAAUAAACACAAAAAACAUACCUCUUGUGAUAGAUGCGGAUGGUUUAUUUUUAAUAACUCAAAAUUUAGAUUUGAUCAGAAAUUUCAAAUCAUCAGUGAUAUUAACUCCAAAUAAGAUUGAAUUUGAAAGAUUAUGUGAGAAAGUAAAUGGGUAUUCUGAGCUAAAUAAGCUAGGAGAAAAUAUUGUAGUAUUUAAAAAAGGUCAAACGGAUGAAAUUUUUUGUGCUAGUAACAUUGCUCAAUGGAAAUCAAAUGAGGGUGGAUCUGGUCGUAGAUGUGGUGGCCAAGGAGAUAUACUUUCGGGGUCUAUUGCAACAUUUUUACACUGGAUGAUCAGUAAUGGAGACAAAUUAAAUAUGUCACCAGCUGACAAAUGUAUGACUUCCUCAAUAUCAUGCUAUGCUGCUUCCAUAUUAGUGAGAAAAUGCAAUGAAAAGGCAUUUAGUAUCUAUGGACGCAGUAUGGUAGCCGGUGAUAUGAUUGGAUUUAUACAUGAAGCAUUUCAAGAACUUUAUGGAGAAUAAAAAUAUUCCAAAUAUAUUUUUUUCAUAACUUCAUACUUUGUUAUUAAAUCUGUUAGUAAAUAAAAUGGUGAUUAUUUAAAUGCUGUUCAAGAAAUGUAUAGCAAUUUUUAUUGUUUUAAAAUCAAAAGGGAGUGGAUAUUUUUUUUUACAUAAAUA